CCGCGAGAACUCAGCCGUUUCUAUGAUGGCGGCAGCGCGGCAUCUGCCCGCAGCUAAGAUGGCACCACCACUCUCGGGCCACAGCCCGGCGCUCCCGGCAUGCACUGCGCGGCGUCCGGCACACAGCUGCCAAGAUGGCGGACCUGGAGGAGCGAGUGUCGGAUGAGGAGAAGGUGCGUAUAGCUGCAAAAUUCAUCACUCAUGCACCCCCUGGAGAGUUCAAUGAAGUAUUCAAUGAUGUUCGGUUAUUGCUUAACAAUGACAAUCUUCUCAGGGAAGGGGCAGCACAUGCAUUUGCACAGUACAACAUGGAUCAGUUCACUCCGGUGAAGAUAGAAGGGUACGAUGAUCAGGUCUUAAUCACAGAACAUGGUGAUCUGGGCAAUGGCAGAUUUUUAGACCCAAGAAACAAGCUUUCUUUUAAGUUUGAUCACUUAAGGAAAGAAGCAAGUGAUCCCCAGCCCGAGGACACAGAAUUGGCUUUGAAGCAAUGGAGAGAUGCCUGUGACAGUGCACUGAGAGCCUACGUCAAAGAUCAUUACCCCAAUGGCUUCUGCACUGUUUAUGGUAAAUCUAUAGAUGGACAGCAGACAAUUAUUGCCUGUAUUGAGAGCCACCAGUUUCAACCCAAAAACUUCUGGAAUGGGCGUUGGAGAUCAGAAUGGAAAUUUACCAUCACACCACCAACAGCUCAAGUGGCUGCAGUGCUCAAAAUCCAGGUCCAUUACUAUGAAGAUGGCAAUGUCCAGCUGGUUAGUCACAAAGACAUUCAGGACUCUGUACAGGUGUCAAGUGAUGUCCAAACUGCUAAGGAGUUUAUUAAGAUCAUAGAAAGUGCAGAAAAUGAGUACCAGACAGCAAUCAGUGAAAACUACCAGACCAUGUCAGACACCACUUUCAAAGCCUUACGCCGGCAGCUGCCUGUCACCCGCACCAAGAUUGACUGGAACAAAAUCCUCAGCUACAAGAUUGGCAAAGAAAUGCAGAAUGCUUAAUGCAGAAACAAGGAGGUGUAUGAAACAUUCGUGUGCAAAAAACCAAAUGUGGUCCUAUGCCAAGUAGAUGGUUUCCAAGCCAGAGCAGCAUUUUUUAGGGCUUUCAAAGUUAACAGGUUUUCUAGCCUGAGAGGGAACCGUGGAACAAAUAGUUGUCUUUGUGUUUUGUGUUUCCUGCCACAUAAACUUCCUGUUGUAGCUGCAUUUAAUAGGUCAUUUAAAUUCAGCCAUUCAUGGCCCAGAAGUAUAGCUGUUUUCAGUCACUGGCUGGAAAACUUCCUAGCUGGAAAAGCCCUAUUACUACCCAGGAGAGGGUGCAGAGCGUUCCCUUCACCUGUAUCCAGCACUCCAGGUAUCCAGUAAGUUUGUCAAACUUGCCAAGAGCUCACGACGCUGCAAGACACAGUAAGUGCGAGACAGUGAGUCCUCGUGUAUCCUUAUUCCCAACUUCCACAAAGCAGAUGCCUGCAGGCUUAGAUUUUACUGUAGAAAAUGAGUUUACAGGAUCCUUUACAGAAUUUCCUGCUGACCCAGCUCUUCCCGGGACAUAACUUUUUUUAAUCUGAAGAUUUGAGCCACGUUCCCUAAAAGUGAACAUCUUUUUUCUCCCCUCCCUCGUGUACGUACGGUUACCAGACAUGUGCAUUUUUACAGAACUACAAGAUGAGUCGCUGCUGAUCCACAAGGGCUGGAUGGUGAUUAAAAAUGCAAAUGUCUACAGAAUAAUAGGUAUGUUGUGCUUUAAUGCUUUGUGGCAGGUUCAUAGAUUUGUAUCACAGGUGUAUGGAUGGAUAGCUUACAAAAUAAAUAAACUUGCACCAAAGUGAAAGAAAAAAUCCUGUCCAUUUGUCUCAGUUGUGGGCAGUUUCUUGUCAUGCUUACAGGAUGUUUUGGAACGAAUCUUCUACAUGCUUGCCCGGCAUUGCUAUUUUCCUCCUCUAACAUCAAAAUUAGCAGUCAUAACAGUUUCUCUGAAGGGGAGGAUAAGGAAAUACACAUGUACCUCUCUCAGAUCUUGGAACACGGAUUCACUAUAAAGUGAACCUCCUUUGGUGCACUCCCUUUGCUUUGUUUACAUUUGGUUAUCACUGGGCGCCUUGUGGGUUCUCGUUUUUAAACUGGCUCAUGUCUUCUUGUUUUUAAAUACAUAAAGGAAGAAGGGUUGGGAAGAGAGGGGUGGGGUGGCCUGCACAUUACACUUCAGGUUUUGCACAGUAACACCACAAAAUAAGUGUUUAUCCUUUGUGAGUUUCAUCUAAAUAAAAUGUAUUUGUAUUUGCUGCUGAGACUGACAAUUCAUCCCUCAAGCAUCCUCUGUAUCAACCAAUCUAGUGCAAAUAGACCAGUCUUUGUUGAAA